CCUCCCAUUCUCCACUUCCCUUCCGUUCCCUCCCUGGCGGGGCGGAAUUGAGUCCAAGGCAGGAUCAGGUUCCCCGCCUUCCAAUCCGAAAAUCCCGCCAAGGGAGUCGCAGAGUCGAGGAAACCCCAAAGUGGAGCCAGGGGAAGAAAGAGGCCAGUGAGUCACCGGCCAGGAGCAGCAACCGCGCCGCCAGCCGCAGCGACUCGGGUACCUGGACCCCAGCAGCAAACCUCGCCCCUUUCAACAACAAAGGCAGCCUGAGCGCAGAAAGCACGUUUGCAACUCAAAAAUGCCGUCCCAGCAGUACCUGCAGCAGCGUCGAAAAUUUGCGGCUGCCUUCUUGGCAUUCAUUUUCAUUUUGGCAGCUGUGGACACUGCUGAGGCAGGGAAGAAAGAGAAACCAGAAAAAAAAGUGAAGAAGUCUGACUGCGGAGAAUGGCAGUGGAGUGUGUGUGUACCCACCAGCGGAGACUGUGGGCUGGGUACCCGCGAGGGCACCCGGACUGGAGCUGAAUGCAAGCAAACCAUGAAGACCCAGAGAUGUAAGAUCCCCUGCAACUGGAAAAAGCAAUUUGGAGCGGAGUGCAAAUACCAGUUCCAGGCCUGGGGAGAAUGCGACCUGAAUACCGCCUUGAAGACCAGAACGGGAAGUCUGAAGCGAGCCCUUCACAAUGCCGACUGCCAGAAGACAGUCACCAUCUCCAAGCCCUGUGGAAAACUGACCAAGCCCAAGCCUCAAGAAUCUAAGAAGAAGAAAAAGGAAGGCAAGAAACAGGAGAAGAUGCUGGACUAAAAGAGGCCACCUUCUGUAGACCACGAAAAGGACGUCAGCCAACAGGCUCAGUUAACUAUUGCAUUUAUACCUACCGUAGGCUUUUUAUUCAAAAAUUAUCUAUAGCUUAAGUAUACAAUAGGCAGAAACAAAAAGAAAAGAACACUUUUGUAGUAGCAUUUUUUAAAUGUAUACCAUAGUACCACCAUAAUAAAGGACUGUAAUCCUAUUUAGAAAGUUGACUUGUAGUACAUGAUACAUGAUAGAUAUUGAGGUAAGUUUUUUUAAGUUACGUGAUAUUUUACAUUUAAAAUCCUUUUUUUUUUACUUUUUUUUUUUUCUUUUGGCAGCAUUUCUUUCUUUAAAUGUUAUCACCAUGUAAACUACUUCUCUUGUUAGGUAAUUUUUUUCACCUAGACUUUUUUUCCCAAUUGAGAAAAACAUAUACUAAACAAAGCAAUAAAAUAUAAUCAUCCCAUUUGAGGAAAACAUUUUGUUUUCUAGCAAUGGAUUAAAAAAUAUUUUUGGUCAGCAAACUAGGGGGAGGGGGCAGAGCAUGCACUAGUUCAACGUUGACUUUUUUUUUUAAGAAAAGCAUUAAAACAUGAAAUUCUUUCACUUUGGCAGAGCAUUUGUUUUCUUGAUGAAACUAUUUUUCCAUCUAAGGAAAAAAAAAGACUAGGAAAAUAAAUCAAGGUGAUGCUGAA